UUGACAUAUUAUUUUCAACGCCCGAAACACACCACACCACGGAUCACCAAACACAAUUGUCAUUCAUUCUUUCGUUCCUUUGAGUACAUCUUUUAUUUACAACUAAUUAUCUGCGAAGUUUUAUUUUCUUUCCACAACUAACACCAGGACUCCGCCAGAGCGUGCUAUUCAUCAUCAACGUGCGAAACACAUUGUGAAGUGAUCCAGCUGUUCCCGCUUCACCUCAGAUGUGAUUGAAAAAAAAUUCAUGGUAUCAUGCUAAUGGACUACAUUAUGAUCUGGAAUGAGAGAUGUUGAACCCGACAGCCACUUAUUAAGUGAGCUAGCUACUCUGGACAUGGAUGGGAUGGGCUUUGUUUUUUUUUUCCCUUAUAUUUAUUUAGCUAGCUACCAGAGCUGCAAGCGAACAUCUAAACUAAUGUAGUCUACCUUAUCACUGGGGUUUUGUUUGCUGCGUCGUCCCGCCAUUAAAUAAUAAUAAUAUCUCCUCUUGGUGUGGAAAAGACAGCCAAACUCAACCCUUGCGAAGAUCAUGCCAAGAACAUAACGUUAUGGUUUGACGUUUUGGCGGGGGUUGGACCUCGUAUUCAGCAAGACUACGGAGUAUAUAUAUAUAUAUGUAUGUAUAUGACUCACCCAAGCGCCAAUAUCAGUCAGUCAUGGAUAUAUCGAUUCCUGACUGCUAAUUACUGAAAUAAGCUAGGUUACAUGCGUUAAACUUCAUUCUCGCCAAAGUUGUGCGAAAUAAAUUUCCUAUCGUUCUGCAGUUUGCUUUCUUCAGGCUUGAAUCAACAGAGAGGAGGAGUGCGCGCGCCCCUGGAAGCCCUAGCUAUAUAGAUAAUGACCCCAAAAAGACAACGCCGUAAGACCAAUGAUCCUGCGGUUCCGGAUAUUUCAGAUGACGCUACGGAGCGGAAACGGGUUCUAAACGUGCUUGCACAGCGCCGUUACAGGAAACGGAAGAGGGAACAUCUAGCUGCAUUGGAAGCUAAGCUACAGAACAAAGACGGGAAGGAGCAUGCAUCAACUCCUGACCGCCUUCUUUCAACUGAAAGUGGCCCUGAAAACCAGUCAGGAUACGACAUAUUACCACCAUUAGAGGAACAGGUGAACUGUACGGCGAACAUUCCCCCCGCGUCACCGGGGACGAUACACCGAGUUCAGGAAGCGCUCCUGGACACGUUUAACGCCGUUGAUGCUUCCAAUGCUGAAUCAAGCUUUUUCGACCACCCUGAAAUUCCAGAUUUCUUUCCAGAAUUAUUGAUGAACAACAACUCGUCAUCGUCUCCCUCUUCCUCCGCUUCCUCUUCUGCUUCGUCCUCCUCAAUGGUACCAGUGUCGUCGUCUCCUUCAUGUUUCGAAACUCUCUUCUCACUUGCACCGCCCUCUCCUGAACUGGAAGCUCUCUCCUAUCAAUUCCUCCAAAACAUCAGCGAACAAGACCUCGCGCCAAACGACCUCUCUUCAACUCUCCAGUCCCACCAAACAACCACCUUCACCUUCCCAGACGACCACAUCAUCGAAAUCCCAACCUUAUCCCUUCUCCGCGGCGUCCUCACCAUUGCCGAACGGCUACAGCUCAAGGAUCUCAUCUGGGCCAUGGACGCCGUCAGUCCAUUCUACACAGGCCCAGCGGGACUCAAAUCCCCCUCCCACGCCCGUUCCCCUUCGUCAUCAUCAUCAUCAUCUUCUUCUUCUUCUUCUUCUUGUUCCUCUACCAGAGCAGUAUUAGAAGGUUUACCCGCCCACCUCCAACCAACCCCAACCCAGCGCCUAAUCCCCCACCAUCCAAUCCUCGACCUCUUCCCAUGGCCCACCACCCGCGACAAGCUCAUCCAGGUCUUCAGCAUGCCUGCAGACCUGCGCCCGGCUUCCGCAUCGCACCCCAUGGCCAUGAUGAAUCUAGUGUACGAUAUCGAGGACCCGGCUGAGGGGAUGCGGGUGAGCGGUGGGAACCCCUUUGACCUCGAUGUGUGGGAAGUCGGGCAGAUAGUGUUUGAGCGGUGGUGGUGGGCGUUUGAGACUCGAGUGAUUGAGCUGAGUAAUCGCUGGAGGCGGAGUCGGGGACAGCAGGGGUUGGUGAUGGGGCCGUGUUUUUGA